AUGGCAUCCCUCCCGCGCAACGGCCCCAGUGUCAAGAUGAACAAGACCUGCGAUCAGUGCAGGCACCGGAAGAUCCGCUGCAUCGUACCCGAGGCCCCCCCAGGAGCGACCCCUACUUGCAUAUAUUGUGCGAAGCGCGGACAGCCCUGCAACUUCAGUAUCUUUAGACGCAAAGUCCGAGUCAAGGCUCCCGAGGCUCUUCCCGCCGCCACCCAGUCCCACUGCAAGGUGGCUCUCAAUGACAUAUUCAUAGACAGAGUCCUGCAACAUGGCCCACAGAGUAUUGCCCUCGCUGACGAGAAUCGUGUCUUUUUUAUCUCAGACGAACAAGUUCCGAGUUCCGGCCUAGCCUUCUUUUCUGAGCAGAAAGUUGCUUUGUUGGAGGACAAGGUUGGCCAUACCCGACUUCGAGCUCUCAUUGAGAAGCUUGAUGACCUUGUGAUGAACCGUCUACGCCAAUCAAAUUCUCCAUCAAGUUCAUGGCCCUCCAUUCAGUUCAAGAAGCCACAAAAACAUGAAUGGCUUUCUGCGGACAUCGCACAUUCGUACAUCCAGGCUUACUUUAAGAACCUCCAUCCGUUAUACCCAUUUCUAGACCGCGAGGAAUUUGAAAUUAAGAUUGCUGUCCCUAAUCUUACAGAAGUCCUUGCCAUCAACCCCCAGUUUUCGGCUUUAUAUCAUGCUAUCCUAGCUCUGGGUAGCCAAUUCCUUCAGGGUGGGACAUUCGAGCCUGGUAAAGGAAAGUCUUGGGAGCUGUUCCAAGUAUCCUUGGGCCACAUGGGAGAUGUCCUUCUUCCUCGAGAAUCCAUCGAACAUGUCCAGGCGCUGACUGCAAUGUCUAUCUAUGCCAUGAACACCUGCGGGCUUCCCGUCGAUGACGUAUUGAUAUCGCAUGCUGCUCGCAUGGUCCUCACCUUGCGAUAUCACAAGCACAUCAGUUCUGAGGAUAGGCAACUGAGGGUGUUUUGGGUCAUUUACGCCUUGGAGAAGCAAGGAGCCUGCCACAGUCGAAUAGCUUCGUUAAUUGCCGAUGAAGACAUUGGAUGCAUGAUCCCACCCUUUCUGGAAGCGCAAUUCGACGGCUACGACUGGUUCAUCGACUUUAUCCGGAUCCAGCGCAUCACAUCCAUUGCUUACACGUCGCUUUUCUCUGUGAGCGCCUCGUUAAGGCCGGACUCCUCAUACCAGUCUACCAUGGACCAAGUCCGUCGGAUGCUGGAAGAGUGGCGCCAGUCUAUCCCCAUCGAAUUCAGACCAGGCGACUCGUCUCACUUCCCCAAGUCGGCACCCGUCAGUACACGUUUGGCUGCUUUGCAGCUGCAUUUCAGUUAUUACAACAUCGUCAUUGGGCUCGAGCGGCUCACACUUCACCUCGAUCAGAAUGGAGGCUACAAGUCCCAGCUGAGCAAGCAGAGGCUUAUGAAUACGGCACGGACCAUCAUAGAGUUGACAAAGUACAUUGAAGUCCAGCCCUAUGUACCGGUUUUCAUCUUGGCUGUCCUCCCCGUAUCGGCUCUUUUCAUCCUCUUUGACUUUGUGCUUCACAACCCACACCAUCGCGAGUCGAGAACAAACUUGGUGCUUAUGGACCAGGUAGCUGGCUAUUUUAGCCUUAUCGGGUUCGCAUCAAAUCAGGCUCUCCCAGGAGGUUUGAUGCCCGAGUUUAGCCAAAUCGCGAGAGAGUACUACGCCAAAGCGCAACAAGAGUUGGCGGAUCAGAAGACCCCUGAAACUCACAAGGCGGAGGAGCAACCACCUCAACAACCUGUGGUGAAUCAGACUUCCGACCAGUCGCAACAGAAACGAGAGCUAUCGAUUGAUCCCAAUCUAGAGGUGCCCACCUCAGCGCCGACGGAUCAAUUGCAGGACUUCAAUAUGCAUGUGGGCGCAUCGCCCGUCGACUACCUGAACUAUCCUACACCGAUGAAUUUUGACGGGCCCUCGGAUUUCACAAUGGCUGAUUCGGGUGACUUGAGGACCAUCUUUGGCUGGGUGUUCCCAGAUUGGAACAUGAAUGGGGUGGAAAUUGAGUCUCUAAGUCUGGACGGCUUGCACGAAGGCAGCGGUCCGGUUUGA